GAAAGAAUUACAGUUAAGUAUGCUGGAGCUACAGCAAUGUAUUUUGUGUCCAAGAAUCUGAAGAAGAAGUACAACAUUACUGAUGAACGUGCUGCUCUUUAUGAGGCAGCAGAAACAUGGGUCGAUGCUCUAAAUGGCCGGGAAUUCCUUGGAGGAUCCAAGCCUAAUUUGGCCGACUUGGCUGUCUUCGGGGUGCUGAGACCAAUUCGCUAUCUUAGGUCGGGCAAAGAUAUGGUAGAACACACUCGGAUCGGUGGGUGGUACACAAGAAUGGAGAAUAAUGUGGGACAGUCUUCAAGAAUGAAAGCCUAAAUGAACAUCGUCGAGUUAGGACUUUUUUCUCCCUUAUAUUGCUAUGCUUUCAGGGUUUUGUACCACAUGCAACUUAUUUAUUGGAAGGAAAGACGGAUGGAUAUCUCCCUGGACAUUCAAAAACAAACUGGAAGGCGGAGGUAGUCGUAUAUAGACGCAAAAUUAUUCCAAAUGAUUAAUUCUUUCGACAAAUUAAUUUAUAUUUAUUAUAGAUGCAUUUACUUUUGACCCAUCUUAUUGAGUUGUAUGAUAGAAAAAAUGAAACAGUUUGCCAGUGACAA